CGACUACUACAUGCGCAGCGCAAUGUGUAUGUUGCAGUCCCUGUCUUCGGUGGAAAACAACAUGGAAGAAGUGAAUAUCCUCCCCGGCAUGCUGGACGCAACGCUGGCUCUGCGAGCUGAAAUGGUUCGUCUGGUGUUCGACAUCGUCAACAGCGACACCAUUCGGUCCAUCUCAUGCGUCCAGUGCGGGUGGCUACAUACGCAACUCCCCCUCCUCCCUCCUACAGUCAUAAAAGCCGGCACCGAUCUGCAUAACAUACGAAACCUCAGGUUGGAAUGCUCGAUUGACCUCACGGACGAUGACUUCACGAUGCUGGCGAGGGCAUGGCCGUGUCUGGAAAGGUUUAACAUCGAUGCAGGCACGAAACGCACUGACGUACCCUCGGCGUCAGUGGCUGCUAUCAUACCCUUCCUCGUGCACUGCUCCGAGCUCACCAGCCGGUCCGCCUACGUGGAUGCGAGUUCACCCCCUUCCUUAUCCUGCACGCCGACAGACAUACCUCCUCACUGCCCCGUUGAACUGUACUUCGGUUCAUCACCUAUCAAGGAACCGCAUCUCGUAGCUGCAUUUUUAUUAGCUGUCGUUUCUGAGGUGGACAUCAAGACCGAUAUAUGGGCACGUAACGAUCAUCAAGAAAAGUGGGUGGAGGUGGGAAAGUACGUCCAGGUGUACAACGACGUACGCGCCCACGAACGGAAGCGGUGCAGUACAAAGGCUUGAUCGUGGCUUUGGGAUAAAAAUGUACGACAAGGCGCGCUCGCUAGCGCGCGCGGUUGCGGCGGGAGUAGUUGACGCAUUCGAAGGGAUCGAGCGAAUGUAUGUAGCUUGCGCGUCAGCUCAUUGUCAAGGUACAGGGGAAAUAUGCCGUGGCAAACCUUGAAUGAUAAUCAUUCCAU